AUGGCUCUCAAGGCGGCCAAGCUGGCAGCCUAUGGCGGCAUGCACACCGCCGGCAUCUUCUCUGACAUGACGGUGGACGGUCCUGAGAUUGGUACUCUCGUCGUCAUUGUUGACCGAGCGAAGAACCUCCCGAACCGGAGGACCAUGGGAAAGCAAGAUCCAUACUGCGCUGCGAGAUUAGGCAAGGAAGCCAAGAAGACAGAAACCGACAAACGAGGAGGCCAGACGCCGAAAUGGGACCAAGAACUCCGAUUUACCGUGCACGAUUCUCCAGACUACUACACCCUCAAAGUCUCCGUGUUCAACGACGACAAGAAGACCGAACUCAUCGGCGAGACCUUUAUCACCUUGGAAGAGAUCAUAGUCCCGGGCGGCGGCCAGAGUGAUAUUUGGCACAACCUCAACUGCAAAGGGAAAUACGCCGGCGAAGUCCGCAUUGAGCUCACAUAUUACGACACUCGCCCGAAGCCUGAAAAGGCGCCUGUCGAGCGGCGGAGAGAGAGCGCGCGGACUGGUGGCAUGGAUGGACAGAGCCCUGCCGUGGGCGGACCUCGAGAGAGCACACCUGUCAAGCGGAGACCACUCCCAUCGAACCCUACCAGCGCUUCGCCAUCUCCCGCAACUAUACCUGAACAUCGAGGCCUUCCCGCUGGGCAAGCUGGCCCGCGCAGCUACAAUACGCCUCCACGACAACAGAGUGCUCAGCCUCGACCGAAUGAAUAUACACCGACAAACCAGCGGCGCAGCCAUUACCAGGACCAACAUGCCCAAUCAGCUGACCGCCGACGACAACACGCGGAUGUUUCUCCACUGAAUCCGAGAGCGUCCUCGUCUGCUCUAAACACCCCACAGAGCCAGUCGCGGGGAGUGAGGCCAUCUCAAUAUGAGCCACAUGGAUCAUCAAGCAAUCUGUCUAUGAAUGACAACGGAGACAGAUAUGAAAAUCCCCAAGAACUAGAAUCGGAUCUGUCAUAUACAGCUCCUAAGUCGUACGAGGUCCAGGCCAACGACUUCCAAUCUUCGAAUACAAGGCCGCCCCUGGAUAACCGGAUGUCAAUGUUUCCUCAAGACUUCAGAUCCUCGACGGAAGCACUUCAAACACAUCAUGCCCGUCCACAAAGCUACAUGGAUCUUCCGCACUCUCAUUCAGCGCCUGUCGUUCCGUCCUAUCAGCCUUCAGUAGAGCAGAACGACUUUAGUCAGGGACGUUAUCAGCAUCGGUCGGACGAGUGCGACCAAGGGCACGGUGCUCAGCAAGUUGAAGACUACCGACACCCCUCCGAACCGUACAACGAACCGUACAAUGAGUCUCGACACCAGAUCGAGCCACUAAGGAUUGGCCAAUAUCAAGCUCAUGGGAACGACUUCGGCAACGAUCAGGUUUCUCCACACAGAAUCCAACAUCAAGAACCAAGCGGCUAUGCGGAGUCACACCGCUCAUAUGAUCCCUUUGAAUCUCAUGGGCGAGCUACCAGCGCUAUGCAACCGACUGUUGAAGACGAGGACGACAUGCCUCCACCUCCACCUGUGCACAGGAGUAGUGCGCCGGCUGUGACACAGUACGAGCCACAACCUCCGCCAAGCUACAGAGAAGAUGCUCCGGCGCCACUGAAUGUCGUUAGGUAUCAGGAGCAGCCUAGACAAUCAUACGACUCCCCGAAUUUGUACGAGGACCGCAAUGACUAUGCUCCUUCUCCGCUCUCAUCAGACCGUCGUAACACUCAUCCAAGGGCAUCCAUGUCCCCGAAUCUUCAGAGCCAGCCUGACUCUCAAGAGGCUUAUUCAAUGCCGUCUAGUCUUGUCGCUGGCUAUAGCACUUCUGUAGUAGAGCGUCGAACUCCACCCCACCAGCGUGGCCUCUCGCAUCCCUCAUACGGAACCCCUCCGACUUACGAAACUCCAACGAGACCUCACCCUCUCGCUCAACAAGAGUCAAUGCGUGCUAUAGAAUCGCCAUCUUACUAUGCGCACUCAUCGCCACAAGAGCCGCUACAGACUUAUACCCAGGAUCCCGCACCUAUGAUCAAACCUCGGGCCGUUAGUCCAGCUGCUCGAACCCCCGUGUACGACGAUAGGUCGCGAGGACCAUCCCGAAGCACACCGACGCGCAAGUCUGUAUCGCCUCGUCCACCCCCGUCAAGCGCUGAUGUGGGAGAGCGGAGACUAUCACAUGUUCCGUUUGGUCCCGAUGAUUUCAAUGAACUGAACCCAGCAACUCGAAACAUUGGUUCCCACUCUGAUGGUCAAGAGCGUGGCAACGAAGUCAACGACAAGGGCCAAAUCGUGACUUUCAACGGCCGUGUAAUCGACGCUUCGGACCAUCUUCCUGUCGAUAGUUGGGCACCCGAGCCCGAACGCAAAGGCGCUCAAAAAGAUCGACCGGUUCGCGAACGCGUUGGACUUAGAGGGGCACGCGAUCUCGAGGCGGCUAUGCAGCGCGAACGCGACCGAAAGGAACGCGACCGCAUUCGUAACGCCGUGAGUGGUAUGAGCGGAACCUCAAGUGUAAAUGGGAGCCCUAGCUCCGCGUUAACUCUGUCGCGCAAUGCUAACAUUAUGGCUCCUGUCAGCGUCGACGCCAACGCUACUAGCCCGACAAGCCGCAAUCGUUUGCAGAAGCGCGACAAACGUCCAGUUUCUGCUGUGCUCCCGCCAUCGCAUUCUCCUGGGUCGCAUAUACCGUCGCCGAAUACGAGCAGGCUGUAUGAUCUGGAGAAUCGAGGCUAUGGAGGAAGCCCUGGGUAUCGCGGUGGCGGAGGAGGCGGCGUGACGAAGUCCAUCGCUGGCCCACCACCUAUUCCUGCUAAGAUUCCGCUGGCGGCUGGAGAGGCCGUUGAUGAUAUGUCUGCGCUGAGUAUGGAGCUCAGCAGCAUUGAUAUCGGUAGUGGCGGGAGGCGUGCUGUGGGACGGCGUCGCAACUAUUGAGACGAUGAACGGCGAACGAUGAACGAUGAACAUGUCAAUUCAACACCAGGUGGUGUUCACUGUUUCUAAUACUCCCCUCACAGCCUUGGCUGGCUAGUGAAGGGGUUGAUUUUGGGCUAGGCGUUUUGUAUUGGGACACGUGCAACGGCUUUGCACGUUUUGGGAAUGGGCUUCUGUACGGUAUGUCCUGCGUCCGGAAUCACUGGACAGCUCUGGUGACUUUCAUGUCUUUGCAUAGGGGCGGUUGGGCUUCCACCGCCCUUGGGUGGUUUUACAUACGAUAUAGAGCAGAAAGUGGGACGUAUGGGUCCGCUUUCGAGCAUAAUGAUAGACCAUGACAACCUAUAG